AGUAACGGGGAAGCAGCAGUCUAUUAUUGUAUUACAAUAACACACACCUGCGCACAGCAACGGCAGCCAGCUCAAAUUACAUAAAUAGCAGCUAGGCAGCACUAAGCCCAAGUACAACGAACUGCAACACUGCAAUACUGCAACCCUGCAACAUUGCGAUUGCAGCAACAUUAGCACUUAAAGACCCAGGCGAGAGACCCAGAAACCUAUGGACAAUGCCUAUGUCUACUACAAGGUAUUGUACCGCCCACUGCUUCCACCGGAAACAGUCACCCCAUCCAGUCAGUCAGUCAGACAACUGCGGCAACUGAAAUCCACGAAAACCAACAGCGAAUCAUCAUCCAGUCAUCAAAUCAGCUCAGCUCGAAAUGUCAUUACUCAUCAUUCAGCACACAAGAACAGAACAGAACCUUCGACUCCAUUCAAAAGUCAAUCAGCCAAAAGGCAGCUCGCAUAACAAACCAACCAAACCGACGAAAUGCAUCUAACCAAAAUGUCUGUGGGUGAAAAUUCCAAGGGUGGCGAUGGUACACAGGGUGUAGUGUAAAUCAAAACGAUGGCUAACCCAUCAAUGGGGCGCUGCAGUAGGCGCUGCAAGGCACCCAGACACCGAAAGCCAUUUAAAUGUCCUGUCGAGGCGUAACAUGAGCAACUCCAUGAGCAAAAGGGGCGGGGCGGCGAGGUUGAAGGAUGGGCGGCAGGAGGAAGGAGACACGAAGAGAGAGAGGGAAAGGACAUAAAAACUUUCUGCAAAAGAAAGAACGGUUUCGGUUUGGAAUUUUGACCGCAUAAAUUCAGGAUAUAUCGGCACUUAGAGGAGGGGCUCUAAAUACAAAUUGGCUGGUAUUAAGGAUUUUUUUUAUCCACGAUGACCCAGAAAUGUAUUCAACCAAAGAUGUUUGGUAUCUGCUCUAUACGAAAUGAAUGAAAUGCUUUUAUAUUUAUCAAAAGUAACAUUAUAUCCUACCAUUACAAUUGGUUUUAAAAAUACGAUGCCAGGAAAAUUGCUAUAAAAAGAAUGUAGAAUAUUGGGGGAUACUAUCGUAGAGAAACUGAAAAUAACUAAAUUAAGAGCGACUAAGUGUACUUGAGUGUUUUUCUCUGUGCUUGCAACUAGCACGCAAAACAAACAAAACUGGUUAAACUUCUUUAGUUUAGCCUGUCCUUUUGUGGCCUCGAGUUGCAAAUUAAAUUUCACACACACAGUGGCACAUAUCAGCGCACUCACACACACCAGGACACUUUCGGGCUAACACAGACACACACUAAUACUGGCUAAAAUGGGGAAGGCGCAUUGCCUGCUUUUCUGCGUAAUUAGUGAAAUUCGGCAACAGGGCGAACUUGCAGAAAAGUGCAAGAAGCAAAUACUCGUACACAGCCAUGCAACCUUAACACCCCUUUCGCCUUAACCCUUCGGCAUCCACGCUCAUUAACAGAAAAGCCUAGCCCACCGAAAUUCUAAAAAACGAGAGCCGACAGGGAUGCACUUCAUAAAUGUCACUUGAAAUACAUUUCCAUCAGGCACGUGCGUGGAGGCGAGAGAUGGGCCAGGACUACUGACAAUGGGUUAAGGUGGGGGACUCUGAGGGACGAUGGGUAGUGAAUGGCAGACAGGACACAAUAGGGAAAGGGACUCUGUCUGGCCUUGCUCACAAAAAACACGGGCACAAACGAAACGAAACGUGAACGUGAUGAUUUGUCAUGAUUAACGCGAGGAAAAGGGGAUCCCCAUUGAAAAGCGGGACUUCCCCUCCGACCGCUUUAAUGUUUUGCAUUCCCUUUGUUUGUCCUGCGUGAUGUGAUGUGCCCACAUGUCAAUGUCGUGGGGGUACAGUCUCUCUCUUCCUCUUCCUCUCUCUCUCUAUCUCUCUCCCUCUUUCUGGCUUUAUCCUUCUGCCUCACGAAGUCAUAAAAUUGAAAUUGUUCCCCUUGGCUUUCUUUUCAGUUUGCAAGACUCCGUUUUACGGGUUUGUUUUUAAUUUUGUGAUUUUUGCUGGGCACGCAACAAACGAAAAUAGCAACAAAAUGGUUGAAUAGCCACAAAAUAUACACUCUGCUACAUGUAUUCGGUACUUAACACACUUCUACCCACACACAACCACACAUCCACCCACUCGGCUUUUGAUUUCGCCUCUUACUUUGGCUUUGUUCUCUCACUCUCUCUCCCUCUCUCUCUCUCUUUCUAUCCAUCUCUCUUUCCGUCUUUGUAGCCCCCUCUCUUUCCAUUGUAGUCCCACACAAACACACGUGACGUAUACGUAACCUUGUAACCAAAAUGUUGUUAUUUCGGUCCGCCAUUUCCAUGUGUUUGUGUGUGUGUGCGUGGGUGAGCAAAAGUUCUUGGCAUUAUUUUAAGUGUUCUGCUCACCUGCGCUCUCUUUCUCGUAUUCCUUCUCUGCCUCGCUCUCUCUCUCCCUUUCUCUCUUGGCAUCAUUUUUCAAAUUUAUACUAAUCUUUGAUUUACUACGAGCCUUAAAAUAUGUAAAUGUAUGUUUUGUGUCUUAAUGUUGUUUGUGUAAUCGUUUUAUUAUAGUAUAUAGUAUAGUUUUCUACACUCGCUUUGUACUUCCGUUUUACUUUGUGACCCCACACACACACCCACAUACACACACACUCACACAAUGUUUGUUAAACUUUAAACUUAGCAUUUUGAACGGAACGCUGAUUUUUGAACUCCUUUUUCUUACUGUUCUUACAUAAUCAAAAAGUAAUAUAUAACAUUUAACCAACACACCAAAGAGCAAACCUUAGAAAUCAAAGUAAAACAUUUAUCGCAAAUCAGAAAGUAAAACCUCAACUGAAUUGAUCAGAUACGAAUUAACAAACCAUUAGUGAACUGUGAUCUGUUUAGCAUACAAGAAUAAUUCUUUUGUCAUUUUAUUGCCAAAAGAUGCAGAUGAUUUUUUCACGAAACCUAUCGAUUGUAAUGGCUCCAAUAAUUGGCUUAAUGAACCAAAAUUAAAUCCACACAAAAACGUCUAAAAACGUAGGCAAGCAGUCUUGAAUAAUAAAUUACCAAAUCAAGCGACGCAAUUAAUGAAUUCAAAGUAUAUAUUUGUUUCCAGAAUUGAUCUUUUUUAAUUACAUCAAAAACAUAUAUUUUGUUGUUGUUCUAAAAGCGAUCACCAAAAAAAAAAACAAAAAACGAUUGAAGAAAUGCUAUGACAAAUAUGAAAACAAAUUUGUUUACCAAGAAUCGAAAAAAACGUAUGCAACUAUUUACAAUAUGCUUUUGUAAUAUUUUCGCACGAUACCAAAAAAUAUGAUAUCAACAUAAAUAUAAAUAACAAAAAAGGACCAAAGGGAAAGCAAUAACAAAUUGAUUAAAACUUCGAGUAGACGGAAGAAAGGAAGAAAAGAUGAAGAAAGCAAAUCUUUCAUUUACUGACAACUUUUUGACGAUAAAAUGAUAAAACAAUUAUGACGUGUAUAUAUAUCCACAAUAUGGCUAACAAACAUAUGAAUAUAUACUCCUACCUCUCUGUUUCUGUCUCUCUUUCUCCCACUCACUCUCUUCCUCUCUAUCUCUGUCUCUCUGUCGCUCUUUAUAUAUAUUCGAAUAUCAGCAAAUUCAGUCAUAUAUACAAUAUAUAUAUAUAAAUAUGUUACUCUUCAGUAUGUUGUUUUUGAUAUUGAUUGCGUUAUUCCGCUUAAGACAGACCGAGACCCAAAAAAAACCCGAUCUUCUGACCCGAAACCCACCGCCCACCAAAAAAAAACCCAGAUUCCAAGCCCAUCUCGAGGCCGAAAAAUAGGCAACAAUUGUUGUCGUGUCGUUGCACCUGUCUCACACACAUUCACAUGUGUCUGUGUGCGCUCGUGUUUGUGUAUGAUAUAUUACUUUUUGGUUUUUGUAAAUAUCGAACGUACCAACUAAUCUUACGAACGUUGACCGUAUCCACUCGAAAUCGAAAUCAGAAUCGAACUCGAACUCUCACACAACACGCAAUGCAACAACUACAACACUCUCUUCAUGAUGGGUUCCACUCGCACACACACACAAAAUACACACACAGUUCCGACCCUCUCUCACCUACACUCCUACACUGAAAGAAAUACUCUCUAUAUGAAAAGAAUUAAGAAAAGAAGUGAUAUUCUGCUCUGUCUGACACGACACACACAACUUGCGUUCUUUUCAUCUCUCUCUAUAAGUCUCUUUGUAACCGUCUCUCUCAAACUCAAUCUCAAUCUCUGACUGUCUCUUUCACACACACACUCUCUCUCUUUCACUGUCUGUCUAAACAACUAUAUGAAUAUAUAUUUUGUUUGUUUCUCCAACACACCGAACCAAAUUAUUUAACAAAUAUACUUUUGCACGUUAUUUCUAUAAUGCAUCUGAACUAUAUAUUGUUAUACGAAUAUUUAUGUUUCUUUUCUGCGUACAAACAAAAUACCGAAAGCAAAUUGUACAAAACAAAAAUAAAACCGAAAUACUAAAGUACUCAAUUACCCAAAAAUAUACCUGAGAAAUACGAAAUCAGAAUCCAAGUUGCAUUUGUAUGCCGCGUCGAUCACACGAACCAAGUCGAAUACAGCAACAAAAGAGAAGCAUCGACACACAGAUACAUUCACAGAUAUAUUCACCCAGACACAGACACACUUACAGGGCCACUCAUACACGUACAGUUGCAAAGAUACAGGCAUCCCACACAUAAAUAGAUACAAAAACCAGCGACAUCCUCGUGGCUGUCAACCAAGUGACACACAUUUCAUGUUGCGCCUCCUCUUCGCCCCCCAAAACCAAAAACCACACCCCCUUCUUCGCAGACACACACUAUCACACCGCUCAUACACACACACACAAACACUUACACCUAAGCCCAACCCCCCGCCCUUGUUGAACUUUUUUUGGGUGCCUAAAAGAGCCGUUGAAAGCGCCUCAGAACCAACUAUAUAACUAACCAUAUAAAGCCAAACGAAAGUUAACCAAUGGAAAAACGAAAAUAGAACCAAACAAAACCAAACAGUACCGAAAAAUCAUAACUCAUAAUCAACCAAUCUCAUUCUAUUACAAAACCCUAUUGUAAAUUAAGCGCAAAAGUGUAAAAAGUCGAACAAAAACGAAACUGAAGAACUUGUAGAAAAACAACAAAAAUAAUGAUAACAAGAACUAAGCAAAUAAAUCACGUUUCAAAUAUGGGGCCAGAAUAGUCCGUAAGUGUUUCGGGCAAAAAUCGCAUUCGUUAUGUUAAAUGUAAGCCAAUUCUACUACUAUACAUAUAUGUAUGUGCAAAACCACCUCAAUACAUAAAUUUAUAUAUGUAUGUAUAUAGAUAGAUAGCUAAUGUUUGUUAAGCCACGAUCAUGAUCAAGAAAUCAAGAGCAAAAGCUGCCAGAAGCUGUGUGAGCGAUAACGCAUCGAAGCCGGAAAAUCGAAACAGAUAACAGAUAACACCAGACCCAACAACAGACCCAAAAAGAGAGUGCUCUCUAAUAUUGACACCACAGAAUCAGAAACCAGAAACCAGAUAACAGAUACCAGAAACCAGAAACCAGAAAAACCAACCAACCAACCAAAACCCAACUACCAGUCAGUCAGUCAGUCACAGCAGUUACAGCAACCAACCAUUUGAAAUCGCCCGUUUCAGAUGUACAAUAACUACACGGGCGCCAGCGGAAGCAGUCCUCCAUUGCCGGACAUUAUUGGCCAGUACUACGGGCCGGGAAGUCUGGGUCCGGGCCCCCUGUCCUACGGCUCGGGCAAUGGUUACGGCCCGCCCGGUUACGAUCUGUACGGCCCCUCGACCUCGACGGCAGCUGGUGGAUACGGACUGUACGAUCCGCAGAUCUACGGACCGUGCCAGCAAACCUCGCCCAUACGGAGAAGGCGCUACAGUAUUGCCGGCCUGCCCUCGGCCACUAUGUACAAUGAUGUCUACGGCUAUCCGGCACCUCCGCUCCAGCAGACCAGCUCCUCGAACAUUGUGAAUCUAUUGAACGAGGCACACAAGUCGAUAUCGCGCAGCUCGCAGAUACUGAAUCUCACGAAUCAGGCCCGUCAAUUGGGUCAGCUGGUGACCACGCCACUGGGAGGAGGCGGAGUUGGCAUGGGCCUGGGUCGAGUGGUGUCCAGUUACCCCACCCUGCAUCCGGGGGACACCUCACCGCCGUACCUCAACGAUAACCUCAUGCAGAUGUCCACGAGCUUCUCCUCGCAGCCCAACAUGUACUUCCAGCCGCAGGCGCAGGUGCAGCAGGUGCUGCCCACCCAGCUGACAGCGGCACAGAGUGCCGCCGCGGCGGCAGCCCGACUGCGUCCGGCCUACUCCGUAACGAAUCUGGUGUCCAACUACCCGACGACGACCGCGGCGGGCUAUGGCUGCAAGUACGGGGGCUACGGGAAUCCGUACCAGAGCGAUCUGGGCUACGGCAAUCCCCUGGCCCCCUUCCAGCAGCGCCAGCUGAUGGCCCACCAGUCGCUGCACGCCUCCAAUCCCGCCAUUUCGCAGUACUACCAGAACCAGGGAGCCGCAACCGGAACGGGAGCCUCGGCGGCCGCACUGGCCUACAACCUGCAGCAGCAGUUCGCGGGAACGCAACACUACGGCGGCGGAUCCCAGGGACCGCCGCUGGGACACUCGCACAUCCAGGCGUCGGUGCAGCAGCAGAUGCAUCCGCAGUACCAGUACCAUGUGCACCAGCAUCAGAAUCACCUGCAGACGCAUCCGCUGGCGGCGCUGGCCAACACGAGCGGUCCGUUCGGAGGGACGCUGGCCAGCAGUGCCAGGGACUAUGUGGAUGGACUGCAUCAUGCGGCCCACUCGCACACGCAUCCGCAUUCGCAUCCGCACCACUCCUCGCAUCAUUCGCAUCACACGGCAUACCCGCACUCGCAUUCGCACCAUCAGCAGCAGCAGCCGCAUCAAGCCCACCAUCACCACCAUCUGCCAUACUCGAAACUAGACUUAGAUUACCCGAAACUGCCGCAAGAGCAUAAGCGACAACUGGACGAAUUCCGUCUUGAAAUACAGAGAAGGGAUCAAGAGAUCCUGGCGAUGGCGGCCAAAAUGAAAACCCUCGAGGAGCAGCACCAGGACUACCAGCGGCACAUAGCGGUGCUCAAGGAGUCGCUAUGUGCCAAAGAGGAGCACUACAACAUGCUGCAGACGGACGUCGAGGAGAUGCGCGCCCGCCUCGAGGAGAAGAACCGCCUCAUCGAGAAGAAGACCCAGGGCACCCUGCAGACGGUCCAGGAGCGGAAUCGCCUCACCAGCGAGCUCACCGAGCUUAAGGACCACAUGGACAUCAAGGACCGCAAGAUCAGCGUGCUGCAGCGCAAGAUCGAAAACCUGGAGGACCUGCUGAAGGAGAAGGACAACCAGGUGGACAUGGCGCGGGCCCGUUUGUCGGCCAUGCAGGCGCACCACAGCAGCUCCGAGGGCGCCUUGACCAGCCUGGAGGAGGCCAUCGGCGACAAGGAGAAGCAGAUGGCCCAGCUGCGUGAUCAGCGGGAUCGCGCCGAGCACGAGAAGCAGGAGGAGCGGGAUCUUCACGAGCGCGAGGUGGCCGACUACAAGAUCAAGCUGCGGGCCGCCGAGAGUGAGGUGGAGAAGCUGCAGACCCGACUGGAGCGGGCGGUCACCGAGCGGGAGCGGCUGGAGAUCAAGCUGGAGGCCUCGCAGAGCGAACUGGGCAAGUCGAAGGCCGAGCUGGAGAAGGCCACCUGCGAGAUGGGCAGGAGCAGCGCCGACUGGGAGUCCACCAAGCAGAGGAUCGCCCGCCUGGAGCUGGAGAACGAGCGGCUGAAACACGAUCUGGAGCGUUCGCAGAUGCAGCUAGAAGAACAGACCACACUACACAAAAAUGUACAAAAGUUAAUGUUCGAAACGGGCAAGAUAUCGACAACCUUUGGCAGGACCACGAUGACCACGUCCCAGGAACUGGAUCGAGCCCAGGAGCGGGCCGACAAGGCCUCAGCCGAGCUGCGACGCACCCAGGCCGAGCUGAGAGUCACGCAGUCGGAUGCGGAAAGAGCACGCGAGGAGGCGGCCGCCCUGCAGGAGAAGCUGGAGAAGAGCCAGGGCGAGGUGUACCGACUCAAGGCCAAGCUGGAGAACGCCCAGGGCGAGCAGGAGAGUCUGCGCCAGGAGCUGGAGAAGGCGCAGAGCGGUGUCUCUCGCAUCCACGCCGACCGCGAUCGGGCCUUCUCCGAGGUGGAAAAGAUCAAGGAGGAGAUGGAGCGCACCCAGGCCACGUUGGGCAAGUCGCAGCUGCAGCACGAGAAGCUGCAGAACUCGCUGGACAAGGCCCAGAACGAGGUCGAUCAUCUGCAGGAUAAGCUGGACAAGGCCUGCACGGAGAACCGCCGCCUGGUGCUCGAGAAGGAGAAGCUCACCUACGACUACGACAACCUGCAGUCGCAGCUGGACAAGGCCUUGGGCCAGGCGGCCAGGAUGCAGAAGGAGCGCGAGACCCUCUCCUUGGACACGGACCGCAUACGCGAGAAGCUGGAGAAGACGCAGGUGCAACUGGGUCGCAUCCAGAAGGAGCGGGAUCAAUUCUCCGACGAGCUGGAGACGCUCAAGGAGCGCUCGGAAUCGGCACAGACCCUCCUGAUGAAGGCCGCCCGCGACCGGGAGGCGAUGCAAACGGAUCUGGAGGUCCUCAAGGAGCGCUACGAGAAGUCACACGCCAUUCAGCAGAAACUCCAGAUGGAGCGCGACGAUGCGGUCACCGAAGUCGAGAUCCUCAAGGAGAAACUGGACAAGGCGCUAUACGCCAGCCAAAAGCUGAUCGACGAGAAGGACACCUCCAACAAGGAGUUCGAAAAGAUGCUGGAGAAGUACGAUCGGGCCCAGAACGAGAUCUAUCGCCUUCAAUCCCGCUGCGAUACGGCAGAAGCGGAUAGAGCCCGCCUGGAGGUGGAGGCGGAGCGAUCUGGCCUGGCUGCCAGCAAGGCCCGCGAGGAUCUGCGCAAGCUGCAGGACGAGAGCACUCGGCUGCAGGAGGCCUGCGAUCGGGCGGCGCUCCAGUUGAGCCGCGCCAAGGAGUGCGAGGACAAUGCGCGCAGCGAACUGGAGCACAGUCGCGAUCGCUUCGACAAGCUACAAACGGACAUUCGGCGUGCCCAGGGCGAGAAGGAGCACUUCCAGUCCGAGCUGGAGAGGGUCACCUACGAACUGGAGCGGGCACAUGCCGCCCAGACCAAGGCGAGCGCCAGCGUGGAGGCCGCCAAGGAGGAGGCGGCCCACUAUGCCGUAGAGCUUGAGAAGAUGCGCGACCGCUACGAGAAGAGCCAGGUGGAGCUGCGCAAGCUGCAGGACACGGACACCUUCGGGCGGGAGACGCGACGCCUCAAGGAGGAGAACGAGCGGCUGCGCGAGAAGCUGGACAAGACGCUCAUGGAACUGGAGACCAUCCGCGGCAAAUCGCAGUACGAAUCGGAGUCCUUCGAGAAGUACAAGGACAAGUACGAGAAGAUCGAGAUGGAGGUGCAGAACAUGGAGUCGAAGCUGCACGAGACCAGCCUGCAGCUGGAGCUGUCGAAGGGCGAAGUGGCCAAGAUGCUGGCCAACCAGGACAAGCAGCGAUCCGAGCUGGAACGGGCGCACAUCGAGCGGGAGAAGGCACGCGACAAGCAUGAGAAGCUACUGAAGGAGGUCGAUCGUUUGCGCCUGCAACAGUCCUCGGUGAGCCCCGGCGAUCCGGUCCGAGCGUCGACGUCCUCCUCUUCCGCUCUGUCCGCUGGCGAGCGGCAGGAGAUCGACCGCCUGCGGGAUCGCCUUGAAAAGGCGCUGCAGUCGCGUGACGCCACCGAGCUGGAGGCCGGUCGCUUGGCCAAGGAACUGGAGAAGGCGCAAAUGCAUCUGGCCAAGCAGCAGGAGAACACCGAGUCCACGCGCAUCGAGUUCGAGCGCAUGGGCGCUGAGCUCGGUCGCCUGCACGAUCGCCUCGAGAAGGCCGAGGCCGAACGGGAAGCCCUGCGUCAAGCGAACCGGAGCGGUGGGGCUGGCGCUGCCCCCCAUCCGCAGCUGGAGAAGCACGUCCAGAAGCUGGAGUCAGACGUCAAGCAGCUGGCCAUGGAGCGGGAGCAGCUGGUCCUGCAACUGGAGAAGAGCCAGGAGAUCCUCAUGAACUUCCAGAAGGAGCUCCAGAACGCAGAGGCCGAGUUGCAGAAGACGCGCGAGGAGAACCGCAAGCUGCGCAACGGUCACCAAGUGCCGCCAGCCGCCGCUCCACCCGCCGGAGCCUCUCCCGCCGAGAUCCAGGCCAUGCAAAAGGAGAUCCAGACCCUCCAGCAGAAGCUCCAGGAGUCGGAGCGCGCCCUGCAAGCCGCCGGUCCCCAGCAGGCCCAGGCUGCAGCGGCAGCAGGAGCGAGUCGCGAGGAGAUCGAGCAAUGGCGCAAGGUCAUCGAGCAGGAGAAGAGUCGCGCCGACAUGGCCGACAAGGCCGCCCAGGAGAUGCACAAGCGCAUUCAGCUUAUGGACCAACACAUCAAGGAUCAGCACGCCCAGAUGCAGAAGAUGCAGCAGCAGAUGCAACAGCAGCAGCAGGCGGCACAGCAGGCAGCACAGCAGGCGGCGCAGCAAGCGGCGCAGCAGGCGGCGCAGCAGCAGUCCGCAGCAGGUGCCGGCGGAGCGGACGCUAAAGAGUUGGAGAAGGUCAGAGGAGAACUCCAGGUGGCGUGCACCGAGCGGGAUCGCUUCCAGCAGCAACUGGAGCUCCUGGUCACAGAGCUGGAGAAGAGCAAGAUGUCCAACCAGGAGCAGGCAAAACAGCUCCAAACGGCACAGCAGCAGGUGCAGCAACUGCAACAGCAGGUGCAACAGCUGCAGCAGCAGAUGCAACAACUGCAGCAGGCUGCCAGUGCGGGAGCAGGCGCCACCGACGUGCAGCGCCAGCAGCUGGAGCAGCAACAGAAGCAACUGGAGGAGGUGCGCAAGCAGAUCGACAACCAGGCCAAGGCCACCGAGGGCGAGCGCAAGAUCAUCGACGAGCAGCGCAAGCAGAUCGACGCCAAGCGCAAGGACAUCGAGGAAAAGGAGAAGAAGAUGGCCGAGUUCGAUGUCCAGCUGCGCAAGCGCAAGGAGCAGAUGGACCAGCUGGAGAAGUCCCUCCAGACGCAGGGAGGCGGAGCGGCGGCAGCCGGCGAGCUGAACAAGAAGCUCAUGGACACGCAGCGGCAACUGGAAGCAUGCGUCAAGGAGCUGCAGAAUACAAAGGAGGAGCACAAGAAGGCGGCAACCGAAACGGAGCGUUUGCUGCAAUUGGUACAAAUGUCGCAGGAGGAGCAGAACGCCAAGGAGAAGACCAUCAUGGAUUUGCAACAAGCCUUAAAGAUCGCUCAAGCCAAAGUCAAACAAGCACAAACGCAGCAACAGCAACAGCAGGAUGCUGGACCAGCUGGCUUCUUGAAGAGCUUUUUCUAAACAGUGCUCUCGCAAGGCCACAGAUACACACAUCUAGUGAUGCAGAUGAGGCAAAAGGAUUUUACACGUACUACUUACCCAAAGCGAUAAUUGAAAACCAAAAACAGCAAGAAGUUACCAAAAGCACUGUCUACUAUUUUGUAUACUACCGAUGCCGAUACCAAUACCAACUAUGCAGUAUUUCUACGACUCUCACACACAUACACUCUUUACACACACUGAUACACACAGGGACACACACAUUUGUAAAUGACACCAUGUAAAUGCAAUGCGAAAUGCAUAUUAUUUGAUAUUUAUGUGUAUUGUGUAAUUAGGUUGCCGCUAUACUCAAAUUGUGGAUGCAUUUAAAAGUCAGCUCGUAUAGCGUACUUUGUAAACUCUCUUAACUUUCUCUCUAACUCACUAACUCAAUCCUUUUCGAACUCAAAAUCGAACUCAACUUAAAGUUUAUCGUUAGCCAAAACACCAAGUCCUUCUUAGCCCAAUUACCCCAACUCGAGAGUCCUCCUGUCCUUCACUUUCUCUCUGUCGGUCGGAGCUGCAGCACGUAGACUACGUCCUCGGGCACUGCAUCCCCAUCGCCAUCCCCAUCAUCCUAGUAACAUUUCUGUAAGACCCACCCAUUAGUAUGUGAGAUGGCACUGAAAUUGAAACGAGAAGAAAGGCAGAGCAGUAAUUGCAUUAAUUGAGUGCUGCUUUGGACCCAAAGUGCAGCAUGCACUUACAAUUAUCGACGAUAUAUAUACAUAUAUGUAUGCUAGCCUUUGUUAUAGUUAGUCAAACAUGAGCAUCCUACGCCCAUCAUUCGCCCAUCAGUCACACUGUACAUAAGACAUUCGCAUCGGAAAAGUAUAGAUACAGAUACAGAUACGGAUACAAUACGUAGAGCAAUAAUUGAUAGACCACAGAUAAUACAAGUAUGAUAUAGAUACGAGUACCAUAUGUAAAAUUAUUGCGAUUAUAAAAUUAUAUUGCCUAGCCUUUAGCCGUGUACCAAAGAACUAUCACUACAGAGCCCAAAGGAAGAUCACUACCUACCAUUCAGCUAAUAUGGAUAUUAUCGAUAAAAUAAACUCGAACGUCAACUACAACAAGUGCAAUCUCUAUUUUAAUUAGUUAAAUCUACACGAUACCCCACGUUCCUUAGCCCCCGACUAAAUAGAUCGAGUCCACUACGCAAGCUUUACCCAAGUCAGCUGUGAAUGCGCAUAGUACGAGUACUAUAGUACUUCUAGUAGAUCGGUAGUUCCACUCUAGUCCAGGUCACUCGAAACGUUGCUUUUGGUCUAGAUAAGGUGCGAAAGUGUUAUUGUUGAAUGAAUGACCUAUGCCCCUGUAAUGCAUACUUAGCUAUAUAGGAAUAGUUGCAGAUGUGUACAAACUAUAGAGUACCACAUAUUGACUAGCAUGAACUAGUGUUUUUUCUUUGGUUGAGUGUAUUUUUGUUUCCUAUAAUUUAAACCAAAAGAAAGUAGAAAUUGAAUGGAAGGAGUAUGUUGUACGGAGGUAGAAGAGAGUAUGGAGUUAUCACUGCCAGUGUAAGCAAGAAUAUCGAUAGAUGGGAAAUUUAAGAUCCGUUUAAUCCUAGGGCCUAACAUUAGAAUAUCAUUUGACUUUCGGUUACUAAUGAAACCAACCACGAAGACAUUCAGCGAGAGACGAAGCAAGAGACACAACACAAUCAUAUCAUGCAAGCCUAUAUCAUAGCCCCAAGAACGAAGGAUAGCUGACCCUAGCGCUUUAAUUGUCCUUGAAUCCUUCCACCCAUUCUAGAACGAUCGAUUGUUGAAUGGAUAGAGCACCCUCCACCCUUUAGGUAAUCGAUUAACGACCAAGUAAACUACGAUAGAGCUGCACUCUCUGCUUUCUUUUCGGUUUCGCAGUCGUUCGAUUUGUGUACAUAAGUUAGGGUCCUGCUUUUCGCCCCCCUCUCUCGCCAACUGAGUUCCCCACAAAGUUCCUAUACCAGGAAUCUCGGGUUUACGGUGCAGCUGGAGGGCAGAAAGCCAUACGAGUUCGCGAGUCAAGUAAAAAGUAAAAGUUAGCAACACCUUCAUGCUCGACAGAAGUGUACAUAAGUGUCUAGUUAUGUAAGCAUAACAGAAGCUGUAUAAUAUAUGAAAGUUUACCACAUACUAAACGAUAUAAUGUAAUCAUCAAUCUAUAUCCAGACCAUUGAGAACACGAGAACAAUUACUAUCGACAAAUCAAACCGAACAAACUUCACCGUAGGACACAUCACUUUGGCUACCCAAGCUGCAUACAAAUUACACACCACGUUGACAAUACAAUCACCCACAAAUACACGUUAACACUGAUACACCCUUUGGAUGCCCCCAGUUUAUACCACUCAAUUACGAUCCAUUGACGCUAGAUGGAAGCCAACAUAUCCGAGUCGAGAUAGCGCUAAUCUCAUGUUAACUGUGGCCUAACCCCAGAUAUCACAUAGUCGAACGGACAUUUUGGGAGCGAUUUCCUAGCGCUACGAGUGGAUUUCUUGGUCACUCGAUUAGUAGGUCACCGAUCACCGGUCACUUUCACCUUCGAUCUUGAUCUCGAUUUGCAGUUAUAGAGGAUGAAACGUUUGCCUUUAACUACUUAACUUAACUUACCACGUAUCGUAUUGUUAGCCUAGAUAGUCUCAAUUACAGCAGCAGCAGCAGUGACGAACAAACUGAGAUUAAGAACAUGAACUAACGGUCUAUCUACUUAUAGUAUUUGCCGUAACACUUUAAUCAUAUUAUCCCCGCCGUCGUGUACCCUACUUACAGAUACAAAUACGAAACUAUCGGAUAGCAAGGAAAGCUUCGACAACUUUUUCUAUACAAAUCUAGCGAACAUAACAAUAACAAGAGAUAUAUGAUAUAUGAUAAAUCGAACAGCAAAACCCAAUUCUCGUAUAAUGUAAUUUAGCAAAUUGAAAACUCAAUAUAGGCAGACACUCGCUCGCAAACAAAAACCCCGAAUAUCAGGCGAGAAUCGAUGGCAGAUUAAUGAAUUUAUAUGGUGGAGUCCCAAUCGAUCGGGAGUCGAGCGUUACCUAUCGAUAAAUGCUAGCGAAGAAUUAUGUGUAACCCCAGUGUGUACUUCUCUGUACAUAGACCUAUACAUAUAUAUAUAUAUAUAAAUACUUACGAUUAUGAAUAGAGCAAAGCAUACGAUAGAUGAAUAUAGGCAUAUACGGAAACAAAGCAUAUACAUAGCAGAUAUGGAAAGAGAGCGCAAAUUAUAUAGAUACUACAGCAUCACUCAUCAAGAUCAAAGCCGAAGAUCGUAGUCAGAGCAAAAACUUGGAUGGAGAGGCAGAGAGGCAGAGCAGAAGUCUAGACCUAGACCCCCAGAAACAAAGUCCCCAAACUGAAACCGAUACCGAAAUAUCCGCAGAUGAGCAACAAAAGCAUUAAGCAAAACAAGAACAACAAUUUCGUGUAACAUUUUUUUAAACAAGUUUGGUGAUCUACGAUAUUGGUAAUAAUUAUUGAUAAAUAAAAUAAUAUAAAAGGAUAUAUAUAUAUAUACACAUACAUAUAUUAUACAAAUAUAUGAAGUAAAGCCCAGUACUCAGAACGACAAUUUGGUCUUGUAAAGUGACUAAGUCAUGUUUAACACAGUGUGAACUCUCGAUAGAUUGCAAAGAUCACCGAUAGUCAAACGAUCACACUGUGCUGUCGAUUUUCCCUCAUUUCUUUUGAUACUUUGUGAUUGAACAAUUUUAAUUUGCCGAUCUGAGCACUGGACUUUAAGCAGGAGUAGGCAAAAAAAAAA